AUGUUACCUCCAGUGAAGAAGAACAGGGUCAUCACUCAGCUCCCAAAGUGCUUUAAUCCUACGGCGGCGCUACACGUCAAAGACAGCUUCCAUCCUCAGGUCAGAGCCGUUUGUCAAGUGAAGAAACCUGGAUCCGUGAGUUUUAACAUCGCCAAAGUCAUCGUCGUGGGGGACGUGGCUGUCGGCAAAACGUGUCUGAUCAGCAGGUUUUGCAAAGGUGAGUUUGAUAAAAACUACAAAGCGACCAUCGGAGUGGACUUUGAGAUGGAGAGAUUCGAGGUGCUGGGAGUCCCCUUUAGUCUACAGCUAUGGGACACUGCCGGACAAGAGAGGUUCAAGUGUAUUGCCUCCACGUACUAUAGAGGAGCUCAAGCCAUCAUCGUGGUGUUCGACUUGAGCAGCUCCACGUCUUUAGCACACGCCAGGCAGUGGCUGGAGGACUCCAUGAAGGAAAACGACCCGUCAAGUGUUUUACUCUUUCUGGUCGGCACCAAGAAGGACCUGAGCUCUCCGGAUCAGCUGGAGACUCUGGAGCGGGAGGCCAUCAGGCUCUCAGAGGAAAUCAAAGCCGAGUACUGGGCCGUGUCUGCAAAGUCCGGAGACGGAGUGAAGGACCUGUUCUUCAGAGUGGCUUCGCUGACGUUUGAGGCCAACGUUUUGUCCGAACUGGAGAAAAAUGGGUCGAAGCCUUACGGUGACAUCAUUAGGAUCACGGACAACUCAGACGAUCCCAAGUCCAAGUCCAGUUGUUGUUGA